AUGAGAGUUCGAAAAGGAAAUGUACUGGUACUCUUGAUGUUGGUAUUAACAACAUUGGCGUUUUUGCAAUGUCUUAACAAUCGACAAAGAGAGGACACCUGGCGGAUGGCCACAGCAUGUCAGGGCAAAUCAGAAGGAGAAAGAAAAAGUCAAAAGAACAAAGCUCCGAACAAACUGGAUGAUAAAGUGAAGUCUGGGUUGAGUUAUUUGUGCCCCACAUCACAAAAAAAGUCACCCAAAGAAGAGGAGGAGAUUUGUGGAGAAUUGAAACCACACAUCACCUUGAAGGACGACUUCAAAGAUUUACCGCCCUACCCAUCCUCUCUCCAGUGCAGUUUGGUCAUUAUUUCUGCCGGUGCCCCUAGGUGUGGAAGUACGACUCAAGAUGCCUUCAUUGUCAGUGCCCUCCAAUUGAUGGGAGUCGAACCGGUCGUCCAUUCAUACUGGAACUAUCAUUUUGGAGAUGGGGUCCCAGAUUCCAAAAGGCGUUCUGUCCAACAGGAAAAUGCCGCGUCCUUGAAUGAGAGGGCCAAUCAGUCCGGUACCACUGUGCUCAUGAAAUCCCACGGAUAUGAUCCCCGAUUGGUGAGCCUGUGUCAAAAUGCUGUCGUCUUUACCAGUCAUCGUCAUCCCUUUGAAAUGGUCCGGUCCCUGAAGAAUAUCAAGACCCCCCCUGCACGCCGUAAGCUACUCGUUCAGGACAAAAAUGUGAGUUCCUUGGACAAAACUGGGUUUUCCUUGAUUGUACAGAACCACAAGUGUUGGGUCCACAGUCAACAUCAUCACCAGUACCAAGAAGGGAGUGUAUUGAAAGUACUGGAUCAAGCGUAUGAAGACAUUAAAAAAACACCCAAAGAUGCCUUUUUUGCUAUCUAUGACAUUCUCCUUCGGACUGUCCCAGCAGCAGGAGUGGUGGGUAACAAGCACCACCAAAACUCCUCUAAUUGGUUGCAAUCCUUUCAGAACGUUAUGAAUCAUUUAACAGAUGAAAAGAAUCCUGAAAUACCUGGUUCGUUUAGGAAACAGUCAAAUAACACACAGUCUGUGGAUGCCGGUGAACGCAGAAGGAUCCUCUGUAGAACCAUGGACUGGUUCCAUUCCUACAAUUACAGUUUUCUGGAUCUAGCAUACCAGUAG